GACAGCAAACGCAACUGCUUUAUCCACAAGUCCAAUUUCACUGGGAUGAACUUUCCUGCUGAUGGACCAGUGAUGCAAAAGAGGACAACUAAUUGGGAGCCGUCCGUCGAAAAAAUGACUGUGAGCGAGGGGAUAUUGAAGGGAGAUGUUACCAUGUUCCUCUCGCUGAAAGAUGGGGAAAAGCACCGUUGCCAGUUCCAUACGUUAUACAAGUAUGUUUUUUAAGUUUCUUUCUCAAAGUAACAAUAUAAGAGAACAGUUUAAGAUACCACGACGUCGGCGGUGGAGCAAACGUCACUCAGAAAGUGACUUCACGUUCAUUGUUUUAUCAAGACAUGCUUUUCCUUUGUUUAGCUUUUUGAUACUUUGGUUAACUACAUAUAGUUACGUUCUCAACGUUCCAGGCCCUCAGAUUUUGCGGACGGUGCAAAAGCGGGCAGGAAAAACAGCGCAUUCACCGAUUAUCUAAACGCUUAGAACUGCAGGUUACAAGAGUAACUGGCUUAUAUUUUUUUCAAACCGAACUUUCAACGAUCAUUCCAGAGUAUUCACCCUGGGCUAUGAGUACUUCACGUGGGUGCCAUUCUUUAGGUUUAAAAAGGACUUGUGUUACAACACUAUAUAUGUAUUUUUUCUGCACAGAGCAAAGAAGGCUGUCGAAUUGCCAUCGCAAAGUCACUAUGUGGAACAUCGCCUGGUGAGGACUGACCUUACUGCUGGAGAAGUUCAACUGGAUGAGCAUGCUGUUGCACGUUUAAACACCGUGUGA